AACAAUGAGGAGAUUCGUAGGUUAUGAAAUUUGGCUUUUGUGUGUGUAGAGGGGGAAACAUUUAAACAAAGUGACAGUACAAAAUAUAAAGCGUUUUCAAACAAUUAAUUUUACUAUUCUCCAGGGUUCAACUCGAUGGUUGCUACUCUGUAGAAUGUUAUCAGGAAGCUUCGAACAGGUCAUAACGCUGAUUUAUUGAACGUUAACCUUUGACUUUUGUUUUAGAUAGUAUUAUCUUACUGUGCAAAAUAACACGAUAAACUAACGUUAGUCGACAUAAUUUUAAAAGAAAAAAGAUUAGUGUUUGAGCUGCAGGCUUAGGGUUUUAAUCUCCUUUGACUCUCUUUGAGAGUUUCAAUUCAAAAUGCAGACCAUCAACUUGGUAUUUUUGGCCGCUAUUUUGUGUGCCGCUGGAGCUGACCGCUAUAAUGAAUCGCCCGUAUUCAGCAAGACGUACAUAGUAAAGGGAGCUUUGGUUAUACCUUAUGCGGAGUUGGAAGAGCCUUUCGCUGCUUGGUAUGAUAACCAAGCCGGGUCCAGUCGCAUUGAUUACUAUGGAGGCAUGGUUAAAACGUAUCAGUUGCAGUCAAGAGGACAGUAUGGUUCUCUGUUGAAGCUGGCCCCAGUGACUACAGAGAAAACAUCCAACAUAGUUACUUGCCUUGAGGUUGAAGGAACUGCAGAUAUGCCCACUGAAGUACAGUCCAUCCUACCUGAUUUGACUGGAUUCAAGCGUAUUGGAAAAAUGUUCUACCAAGGAGUCGAUGCUGAUGUUUGGAACAAAGUUGUACAGAUAAAUGACAAAGUCAACAACUACACUAUGCUCUUAACGUGGAAGCAAGCAGCAAACAGUGUCAACUUCAAACAGCCAGUUCCUCUGUACUAUGAAAUGAAGGGCUUCAACACACUUCUCGGCUCACACUACGAUCACUAUUACCUCUAUUAUUCCGACUACUCGUUUGAAAAGCCCGACCCUUCAAACUUCCAGAUUCCUCCAAACAUGAAAUGCGGAGGCUUCCCAGGACCAGGAAUCAACCACUUGGCCACUUUCAAUCCAAUGAAGGAGUUCAUCAAUGAAGAGCGCAGUCACCUGGAAGCUGAAUGGGAGCGCUUCCACAGAGUGCACAACAAGCGACCCCACUACAAGAACGACAAGGAGCACCUCAUGAGGCAGCACGUAUUCGAACAAAACUUCAGGUACAUCCAGUCGAAGAACAGAGCCGGCCUGACAUUCAAGUUGGCGGUGAACCAUCUGGCCGACAGAACGACUGAUGAGCUGAGGGCGCUGAGAGGAUCGCGUGUCUCUGCCAACCGCACGGCCGGCCUCAAGUUCCCCUACUCCGAUGAGGAGUUGGUCGCAGGAAUCAAUGGUCUCCCAGAAAGCAUCGAUUGGAGACUCUUUGGAGCUGUCACUGCCGUCAAAGAUCAGUCAGUGUGUGGAUCUUGCUGGAGUUUCGGUACAACUGGAGCUGUUGAAGGGGCCUACUUCUUGGCCACCCAUCACCAAGUCAGACUGUCUCAGCAGGUGAUUUUCUCACAAUUCCUCAUCUAAAUUACACACAUUUCUAAUAGCAAUUCUAUGAGAACAAUGAGUGUGCAUAAACAUACAGUAACCAGAACAACUCUCUGUCUCAAAUCAAGAUAUACUAUGCAAUGAUUGAAUAUAAAAUUCAGAUCACUACGUGUUCGUGCAACUACUGUCUAUAGUUAUUUUAAAUGAUAUUCAAAAUAACUAGACGUUGUUACUAAUAAGAUUAGCCAUUGCAAAAUCACUGCUGGCUUUGUAAAAAUGUUUUCUGUCUUAUUUGGUUCUCCAUGUAGCACUUCUGUUAAGACAUUUAUUAAAAUUGAGGAUUAAUUUUUGAUGUUUUUUAAAAAAGGCUGAAAAUUUGACAAGAACCCUUUCAUAAAUAAGCUAUUCAUAUGUGUUUUUAUUGUAAAUUGGAAUGUAACUAGAAAAUGUAAAGGCGAGAUUUAACCUAGAACAUUUGGACUGUUGUAUAAAUUA